AUGUGUAUCAAAGACCGUAACCCUAAUCUGUCUCCUUCCCAUCUGUUUGCUCCGCCGAAACCGCCCAUCUCAACCUCUCGUCUGGGCCGCUCUCACACCCUCCGUUCUCGCCGCUCUCACCCUCCGUUCUGCGCCGCUCUCACCUCCGUUCUGAGCUUUCACCCUCCGUCGUAUGCGGAUUUUCUCUCUGGUUCAAUUCCAUCUGCUUCCUCUCCUGUUUUGGGUUCUCCUUUUACCCAGAGAACCAGUGUCCCCCAGCAACAGCCAGCAGCGCCCUCACAGAUAAUUGAGGAUAGGUUACUCAACGAGCUGUUGUUGGCACCAGGACGAGAGCUUCUUCCGAAGCUGAGCCGAAAUGGUGAACCAAAUACUAGUUGGUUUAGGAAAAAAAAUCGCAAUGCCAUUUGCAAGUCUAUUUUGAAAUGCUUUCAUAGUCUCCUUGAUUUGCCAUAUCCGACUUAUGCCCACGUGCCAUUAGAAAAGCAGAAGAUGUGGCUCCGUUCAUUUGCUCAAGAUUGGAAUUGGGACCCUGCUAUCACCAGUGAGGUACGGACAGCCUUUAAUUUGCAGGCUAAAACUCAGUACAAGAGCAACAUGACUGAGUGGAAGAAAAAGUGGAAGCUGAAGAAGGAUAAGCCCACAGGUCUAAAUGAAGAUGUGUGGGUUGGGUUGCAAGCUUAUUGGCAACUCGAUGCUACUGCAUCUAUCGCUGAUACCAACUCUCAGAAUAGGCGAAGCCAGCGUGGUGGAAAAGGUUUAGCAAUACAUAAUGGUGGUGCUAAAACAAGAGAGGAACGAGAGAUAGAAAUGACUGCUGAAAACGAUGGUGUGCCACCAGAUUGGUUAGCAUUGAUGAGAGAUAUGCACACCAAUAAACAAACUGGUGAGGUGCAAGAUCCCGUCGCAAGAGAGUUGUUGGAAACUUUGACUAAGCUCAAGGAGGAUAAAGAAGCACAACUUCAGCAGUCUCAAUUGUUUGGCAAUGAUGGUGCAUCUACAGCUUCAAACAUGCUGUCCGGCGAAGAGAUCAACCAAAUCGUUCUUGAGAAUGUCCCUGUUAAGAAAGGUCGCCGCUAUGGUGUUGGUCGUGUUUCGGAGGGGAUCUCAUCCUCAUCUCAAGCCACCUUUUCUUCCCCGUCUCUUGUCCAUGAGAUGGAGCAGCUGAAGACUGAGCUUAUUGAAGAGCGGACAAAACGACAAGCUUUGGAGGACCAGCUUCGUUCUGUCACUGAUUUCAUUUCUCGAGUUUAUCCGGAGGAGUUCUCUGCUUCUCAAAGUCAACCUGACCAGUAA